UUCUUACGCAAAGCGUAGUGGCGAAGCUCCUCCUGCCAAAUGUGCAGCAGAGCCAAUCAGGGGUUCAGAGUUGACAGGUCUUUUGACGUUGCCAUGGUCACCGGGUCACUGCAGGCCCUCGUAGUCUGACAGGUGCGUGACAGUUGAAGUCUGCAAUAUGUACGCGAAAGGGAAGGGCUCGACAGUACCGUCAGACGCACAGGCUCGUGAAAAGUUAGCUCUUUACGUGUACGAGUAUCUGCUUCAUGUUGGUGCGCAGAAGGCGGCUCAAACGUUUCUGUCAGAGAUCCGAUGGGAGAAAAACAUAACGCUAGGCGAACCUCCUGGGUUUCUGCAUUCGUGGUGGUGUGUAUUUUGGGAUCUGUAUUGUGCGGCGCCAGAACGGAGGGAUACUUGCGAGCAUUCCAGCGAAGCGAAGGCGUUCCAUGACUAUGGUUUCGUAAACUCCGGUUAUGGUGUCAACGGUAUUGCACACGUGAGUAUGAACGCGGGCCCCGCGCCGAGUCCGCUGGGGCAGAUGCCUCCCAACGACGGGAUGCCUGGUGGGCCGAUGCCGCCCGGCUUCUUUCCACCAUUCAUGGGCCCUCGCUACCCUGCAGGACCUCGUCCUGGUGUCCGGAUGCCUCAGCUUGGAAAUGAAUUUAAUGGGCCUCCUGGACAACCCAUGCUGCCAAACAGUAUGGAUCCAUCACGGCAAGGUGAAGGCGGAGAAUUUGUAGGUUGGCAAGGUCCACCAGGCAUGAGUCCUAUGAAUCCUCGAAUGAACCCACCGAGGGGACCUGCGAUGGGCCCGAUGGGUCCUGGUUCGUACGGCCCAGGCAUGCGUGGACCACCUCCAACCGGUACAUUGGGCCCCGGAGGCCCCGGUGGUCCAGGACCAGGCGGCCCAGCAGGACCUGGCAUGCCACCUAUGUCAAUGGCGGGACCGGGAGGACGGCCUCAGUGGCAGCCCAAUACAUCUACACCAAUGAAUUAUUCCUCUUCAUCUCCUGGAAAUUAUGGGGGACCACCUGGUUCUGCAGGACCCCCAGGACCAGGAACUCCUAUAAUGCCUAGCCCACAAGAUUCUUCAAAUUCUGGUGGUGAGAACAUGUAUACAAUGAUGAAGUCUGUCCCCGGUGGAAAUAUACCAGGUGAUUUCCCUAUGGCCACUGGUCCUGAGGGUGGCCCAAUGGGACCAAUGGGACCUAAUACCAUGGGGCCAGUUAUGAAUGGUGAUGGCCUGGAUGGAAUGAAGAACUCCCCAGCCAAUGGUGGUCCUGGCACACCACGAGAAGACAGCGGAAGUGGGAUGGGAGACUACAACUUGGGGGGCUUUGGGGGACCUGGGGAAAAUGUGAGUAUGAGUGCUGGUGGCUAUUUCUCCGAGACGUAGUGCCAGAUACAAACACGCCGAGACAUGGUGUCUUGCCUAAGGAACCGUCCUACGUUCAAGAGUUUGCUUGCCAAGUUUUCGACUUAUCUCAACAUCGCUAGAUAAAUAAAAUAAAAUUUUUGAACUAUUUUUAAAUUUAAUGUAAGGUAUUUCUUAGAUGUGGGCAACAUACGUGAAUGUACACUCUGACCAUUAGACGUGUUUGAUUCCUAGUUGUAAUCAUGAUUGUGCACCUUAAUGUCUGGUGCUAUCAUUUUCAGUUUUUUUUGUUUACGUUUUUGCUUUCUAUUAUUUUGCCAUGACAUAACUAAUCACAGCUAGACUGUAUGUGUGAAAACACUGAAACUUGAGUUAUAAAUUAGUAUUUGCAUGUGAAAUAUUUGUUGCAGGAAUGUGAGAUAAUGUUUCACUUUAAUUCAUAUGCUGUGGAAAUAUUUCAGAAUUAAAUUAGCCAUUUGAGUUUCUGUGCUGCUUACUUAUUUGAAGCAUUUUUUAUAGACACUUAAAAUAAAUUUUGUUGGUCAGAUUGAAGAUUGUGUAAGUAGGGAAGUAGGGAGGAAGCUACGCUUUGGUGUGAUCCACUUGCAAAAUUGCUUCUUUUUUUUCUCAUUAUAAUUUGCUAGGGGUGUUAAAGCACACCAUACUGCUGCAAGAUGGAAUACACUCUUAAAUUUGUAAUUGUGAUGAAAAUGUGUAUAAUUACUGAAAAAGUAUUAAAGUUUGUGUUUAAUUCUCAGUAUGCCUCAUGUUAAUGCGCUUGCCCCUCCCUACUGCCUUCGUCACACAAUUAACAUGUCCGCCCGCCAAACUCACACGAAGCCGUGAUGACGGAAGGGUGUGUUGCAUGAACCAAAUUUCUUUUCAAAACUCAACUUUACUUUGCUAAUUUUCAAUUCUGAAAUUUUAAAAUUCAAAAAUAAAAAUUCGGUAAAAAUUUGAUUUCUGUAGAUAUCAUAAAAAAUGUUGGAAGUUUGGACUGUGCAGUGAACACUUUCUUCCUUCCAGGACCAAACUGAAUCAGCCGCCAUUCUGAAAAUUAAGGAAAGCAUGCAGGAAGAAGCCAAGAGGUUUGAAAAAGACUCCGACCAUCCGGAUUAUUUCAUGCAAUAACACCCCGUCCCAGGCCCAUUCCUCAAACCUUUUGUGGUCCCAACAAAUUUCCUUUCCUGUUAGUCUCCUAGUACCUUACCAUAUCCCACGUCAAGCAAGCAUCCUAGUCCUUUCCAGUUCCAGGACCUGCAGUCAGACAGAGGAUCAGCUUGUUGUAAAAUCAGAUUGCAGUCUGUAAUGUUGUAACUUUAAUCCUAAUUCAGACACAAAAAUGUACAUGCUGGCUGAAUUCUAUAUUGACAGCAAAAAUUUGCUUAUGUUGUGGUUUCUCUUAAACUUCUUUGAAAUGGAAAUUAUGUUGUGAAGAAAAAAAAGUUAUACAUCAGUCUUGUAGCAUGUUCCUAAAGCUAGCAGUAAGGCUGGCAAUCUGAUUGAGUGGGUUAUUUCAUGCAGUGUGAAUGAUGAAACGAAAGUAAGUGUUAAAAUAACUUUUCGUCUGUGUGUUUUUCGUGUCUAGUAUUGAUGGGUGUGUGAUAUUUUGUGUGUCAAGUGGUAAACUCACGCUAUGUACUGUUGAACAAUGAGGAGCUUACUUGGAUAUAAGAACAAUAGUAAAGUAUUACUCGCUCCAUGCGUCUGUUAGCUCUAUAUGUCUAAUUCGCUCCAUGACUCUAAAUUCACUCUGUGCGUCUAAUUCGCUCCAUGAAUCUGAAUUCUCUCUGCGAGUCUAAUUUGCUCCACGACUGUAAAUUUGCUCCACGAGUCUAAUUCGUUCCACGAGUGUAAUUCACUCCACGAAACUAAUUCCAUAUCCUUUCAACUUUGCCAUAAAUCCUACUAAUUUCACUCAUAAACUGUAAAGCCCAAUAAAUAGAUCCAAUUACAUUAUAUUGUCAAAAAUAAAUAGAUUUUAAUUUCAUACAUGGGGCUCUAUAUAAGAAAUUAAAAUUUUAUAUUAUUUGUACUAUAACAGACUAUCUCUUAAAGGAACACAUUACUGUUGUGAGUCAUCUACACCACUCCAUCAAAUUUAAUCUUGUUUCAGCUACCCUUUUAUGGAACUGUUGUAAAUUUGUGAAAAUUGUCUAUGUACAUUUUUAUGCAAGAUUAAACCCUGUGACACUUUUAUAUCACUGAGGCCCUUUGCAGAUAAUGUUAGUUUAGAAUAAAAUAUAAGAUUGUGAAAUAUCAUAAUUAUUUUAGUCUCCCUUAUAGUGGAUGUGGUACUGCCUAUGUGUUUGCUGUUGCCAUUAUCGGUAAAGAUUUUCCACUAAAAUUUAAUACGUCAUAUAAAAUGAAGUUGCUAAUUAAGUACCAUGUAAUUGUUUUUGCAAUAUUUAUAUGUGGAAUUCAUUUAGGCUAAAAUCUGUUGGGUUCAUGCAGAAAUGUCAAGUAACACAGGCAUCAGCUGAAGAGUACAUGUAUUGCUCCAGUAAUCCGCAUGUAUUUAUGUAGAUUUUUGUAACAAUAGGUUCCUCUCAAAUAAAAAAAAUUAAGGUUGUUACAAGAGAAUGGAAAAUCAGUCUGAAAGGGAGAAGUUACUGAAUAAAUUAAGGUUACUAUUAGGCAAGAUGGAAAUGAUUCUUGAUUAAAUUGUUAAUAAUUGUCAUAUAUCCAAAUAGCCGUGACAGUUCAGUAUUUAUAAAGUAUGUGUUAAAUUGUUUAAUUAUGUUAGGGUAUUUCUGUCUUGCCAGGAGGACAUAGUUUUUAAAAAAUGUGUGCAAUGUAAAUAUUUAUGAAUGUAUUUUUUUCCUUUUAAUUGUAGCAUCUGAAUGUGAACUAACCAGUCUGUUUUAUUGUAAAUAAAUGAUUGUUUCUUCACAUAGUGAGUGGAGCAGCUCACAAAUUCAGUUCUUAACUUCCAUUGUACUUAGAGCUGCUUCAUAUACUCUCAAAGAUUCAACCUUUGUACAGUAUAUGAAAGGAACAGUACGUGGAAUUAUAGUAUUUGUUCCCCAGAUUAUGAGUCAUGUGGUCUUGCCAGUUUAGUUAUACUAAAAAAAUAAAAAAAUAAAUAUAAUCUAUGUGGUGUGCCCUUUGUGAAAACAUCCAUCAGAACAGAUGUAAAGAAAGCAGUGUGUGCAAACCCAAAUUCAAUAAGUAUUUGUCGUGUGUGUGUGUGUGUGUGUGUGUGUGUGUGUGUGUGUGUGUGUGACAGGGAGAAUGUGUGUGUGUGUGUGUGUGUGUGUGUGUGUGUGUGUGUGUGUGUGUGUGUGUGUGAGGGCACGCGCACGCACUGGUGCGCUGACCCCACAUUCAUUGAGUAUUUGUAGAUUAUAUCAUACUGCGUCAGACCUGCAUUGUAACUAACACAAAAUGUAAUAGCCUUUGCUCAAGUUUGCCCAUUACUUUUUGUGAAGCAUUGGUGUUUGUUAAAUAUUUUUUUAGUCCUCUGAUUAUGACUGCGUGAUACACUCCAUUUUUAUCUGUUUUGCGUUACGUUUUAUUUAAUGUUGUUCACACUUAAUAGUAUCUUCGAUGUGUAAAUAAUAGAGGCAUGUAUUAUGAUGUAAAUUAUCGGUGUCGCUGCUACUGUAUAUGUUUGUUUCAUUUCCCUUUUGUUAAUAUUGUUAUUAAAAGAUAAGAUUCAGGCAGGGAAACAGUUUCUGAGUUCUACACACACACACACACUUGUCACUGUACCUGUGGCCAUCAAAUAUAAUGCAACACAUUUGAGUUAUUA